AUGAACCUCAGAGUUUUCUUCGUGUGUUUCUUUGUUUUUAUUAUCUUUAGCUACGGUUUCUCAAUGGCUCAAAUGGUUCCUGCUGUUUAUGUUUUUGGAGAUUCACUUGUAGAUGUUGGAAACAACAAUUACUUGCCUCUUUCUAUUGCUAAGGCUAAUCAUCGUCACUAUGGUGUUGAUUUUCUUAAUCAAAAACCAACUGGGAGAUUUAGCAACGGCAAAAAUGCUGCUGAUUUUAUCGGUGAGAAAUUGGGUUUGGCAACUUCACCACCUUACCUCUCAUUGAUAUCAAAAGCCAACAAAAAUGAGAAUAAUGUAUCAUUUAUGAAUGGUGUUAGUUUUGCUUCCGCAGGUGCUGGAAUAUUCGACGGUACAGAUCAACGUUAUAGACAGUCGUUACCUUUAGGAAAACAAGUGGAGCAUUACUCAAAUGUGUAUGAGGAACUGACAAGACAAGUGGGAGCAAGUGCUUUACAGAAGCAUCUAUCAAAAUCAAUUUUUGUUGUGGUGAUUGGAAGCAAUGAUAUCUUUGGAUACUUUGAGUCAUCAGAACUUCGUAAGAAAAACACUCCACAACAGUAUGUUGAUUCCAUGGUUUUCUCACUAAAACUGCAACUGCAGCGAUUAUAUGAUAAUGGUGGGCAUAAGUUUGAGAUUGCGGGAGUUGGGGUGGUUGGAUGCUGCCCUGCGUUCAGACUGAAGAACCAAACGGAAUGUGUUGUUGAAACUAAUUACUGGUCAGUUGAAUAUAACAAAGGUCUUCAAUCCAUGUUGAAAGAAUGGCAAUCAAAGAAUGAAGGCAUAAUCUACUCCUACUUCGACACUUAUGCCGCAAUGAGUGACCUCAUACAGAAUCCAACUGUCCAUGGAUUUACAGAUGUGAAAGCAGCUUGUUGUGGACUUGGAGAGUUGAAUGCCAGGGCUCCUUGCCUGCCGGUGUCAAAACUUUGUCCCACUAGACAAGACCACGUUUUCUGGGAUCAAUACCAUCCUACAGAGGCAGCUUCGCAGAUCUUUGUUGACAGAAUUUUUGAUGGUCCUUCAACUUACACUUCUCCUAUUAAUAUGAGACAGCUAGUAGCAGCUUGA